AUGAAUAAAGAUUUAGAUCAAAUUUUGGAAACUAUACAAUUACCUUCAUCGAUAAACAUCAAUUACGACAAUUGUAACUUCCCUGGAAAUAAUGAUUUAAUUACGAAGGUGGAUUUAAAUAACUUUGUUGAUGAUGUAUCAGAUCACUUACUAAAAUCUCAGAGUAAUAUAUCCGAGAAUUCUAAUUACAUAUCAACUUCUGAUGUUCAACAACACGUUCCACAUUCUUCUAGAAUUUCAUCACCAUUAAAGCUCAGUUAUAUUCCCGAGACAAUUAAUGAAUCGGAGGAGGAAAAUCUGGUUAAUAAUAAUGCUCUAAUUGACAAUUCUGGAAACAAGUCAUCAGUUAAUGAUGUCAUUGACGACGUUUUCAAUCAAUCCACAAUUAAUAAUUUAACAAUUUCAGAGGAACCAGAAGGUAUUUCACAUAAUGAAGAUACACUCGAACAUAGUGAAGGUCGAAAAGAUAGCCUGUUUGAACCAAUAAAUCGUCUCAAAGAAUUAAUGAAUUCUCAGCCACCUGUAUCGGAUAACUUUUAUCCAUUCGAAUCUCUUGAAUCCAACACAGAAGUGCAUUCUUCUCAAGACGAUUUGCCUGAUGAAAACUUGGUAUCAACAUCAAUUGAUACUGAUAAGAAUUCCGAUGGUAUUGAUGAAGAACUUAAUAUCAAGUUUAGAAAGGGACGCGUUGCGCCUGAGGCAUUGAAUUCAUAUGAUAUCAAACAAAUAAAGAAUCAGGUGCAAAGAACUAACGCAUACGCUGCGAAAUUAAACUCAUUGAAAAGAGAAACCACGGGCCUACAAAAAUGGAUUAGUAUAAAUAUUGGGAAGGAACCUCCACUAAUUGUAAAAAAUUACAAAAAAAGGUCACACAGAACGUCUUCUACUUUGAGUAAUACUUCUAUUAAUAAUAAUAAAAUAUAUUCUAAUCCGGCUUUAGCCAUAAGUACCAGCAGUCAGCCUUCAUUGUCUACUGUUUCGAGUUCAACUACAGUAUAUUCUGCAGAUAUUUCGUUUACAAACUCGAGUACGAUGAGCUCUGAUAAAACAGCAAAAUCGAGCAAUUCUCGAAGUUCCUUAGAUUUAGCAAUUCAGGCUAGUUCAUUAAGAGGUCACAUGUCACCUCCUUUAUCACCUAGAUCGAAAACGCCUAAUUUUAUUAACAUUAGUCGACAUAAUAGUUUUAGUAAAUCUAAUAGACUACCUAUUUUCAUGCCUCCAGCUGUAAUGAAUGAUCCUUCCGCUAAUUCACUAACCUCACCUACUUCGUCUAGUAAAAUUUCGAAAACUGUAUCAGUCAAACCACGUCAACGUAGAUUUAGCUUUCAAUCUGUUUCUUCUCGUUUCAGUUUGGGAUCAUCAACUCUAACAUUCCCUACGUCUAUCAACGAAACAAACGAUCCCAAUUCAAAUUCAAUUGAUGUGGAUGAGACAGCGUUGAAUAAAUUAUGUGAUAUUAUACCCCAAGCAGAUCGUGAGGUGUUAUCCAAGUAUUUACAUGCUGCAGGAGGGAAGGAUGAUUUAAUGGCCGUUGGACUCUACAUGAAAGAUUAUAAAAAUGAUAAAAUAUCAUGUUGA